AUGGUCGCGCCGGAUUCUUCUUCUCACGGAGGAUGGUCGCGUCGGCUUCAGCUUCUCAUAGAAGAGGAUCAUCGUCAAGAUGACAAGGUUGCAUCUCAUAUGAUUUUAGACAAAAUGGGAUUGAAAGGCUAUCAGCAUGGGUCAAAGCUGGAGAUAUUAUAUUUUGGUGUUGAGCAUUUGUGGGAUAUGUUUGAGCAAAUUGGUAGAGACAUAGUGGAGAAAUGUAAAGGAUUACCUCUAGCUAUUACUUUAGUAGCUAGUCUUCUCUCCAAGACAGAGGAGAAGGUGGAAAAGUGGAAGAAUGUUGCAGAAAGUGUAAUUGGUGAUUCUAAUGAAGCAUGUUCAAGAGUUCUAUAUUUGAGUUACAACCAAUUACCACACCACUUAAAAGCCUGUUUUCUAUAUUUUGGAAUUUUUGAAGAAGACUAUGAGAUAUCUGUGAAGAAGUUGGUUAGGUUGUGGGCAGCAGAAGGAUUUUUGAGUGCUGUGAAGCAUGUGAAUAUGGAGAAAGUGGCCAUGGAAUGCUUGCAAAAUCUUGUUGAUAGAAGUCUUGUUAUAGAGGGAGGAAACAAGAUACGUGAGGCAUGUAAUAGAAAUCACCUGAAAAUUGAUUUUCUGAAGUGCAUUUCACCAUUGCUUAAACUCACUGUCGUCACCAACAAUGGACCGGAACUCCCUGAGAAUAGAUUUCUUGGGUUUUUCCAUCAUUGUUUGGAUUCUCACUUCAGGACGUUGCUCCGGCACUUCAAUGUCAUCCCACGAACCACCGUUACUCCGGUAACGCUGUCGCCAGAGAUCAGGACAUUGGGAAUUAAUCUUUCGGGAAGUUGA